AUGUCCACGGCCGUCUUGACUGGCUGGACGCCUUUGGGCCGUAAAAGCCUCGCGGUCCACGUGAAUCCGCGGCACGCGGAGCGGCGGCUCGCGGCCGUGCUCGCGCGGUCCACGGCGCCAAGAGUGACCGCCGUGCUGGGCCGCUCUCAGGGAAGCGUGCAAGUGGAGCUCUCCGGCGUUUGGGGUGAGAAUGUGAGCUGCUCCAUACCCGAGGCGAACCUCCCUGCCGGCUCCUGCCUCCUCCAGGAUCAAGGCGCCGACAAAUGCCUCGAGGUGGCCGAAGCUGCGCCGGAGCGCGACGACGCCGCAGAAGGCGAUGCGGGCGAUGCGGCGGGCGACGCGGUGGCGGGAGCGAACGGGCGCUCGGCCACCGCCGCGCUCGAGCGACAGCUUGCCCAGCUCGAGGAGGAGGAGCUGUUCGGGGAGCGCUGCGAUCCGCGCCGCCGCGCCGCCUUCUUGACCUUUGGAGAGCCGCCCGCCGAGGCCAUCGGCGAGCCGGGUCUGGCGCCCGCCUGCGAUCCGCCGCCCGAAUUGGCGGGCCUAUGGGCCAAGCCCGGCGUCAGCUGCAUCACGCGCGACAUGCUCGACGGGUACGACCGGCCGCGGCACGCCGACUGCUUUGCGUGGCUCGCGGACCGGCCCCGCUCGGUACGCCUCAUGCUCUACGCGCAGCUCAUCGAGCGCAUCGUCGAGGUCGACAUCUAUGCACACCUCCGCGACGACGAGACCCUCGAGGCGCGGCUGCCGGCGGACGAGGCGGCCGCUCUCCACUUGCACCGGCGGAUGGUCGUCGAGCCAGUUUCCCUCCGCGCGGUGCUCGAGCGGUGGGGCGAGCUCACGUGGCGCGAGUGCAAGCAGCUGUGCGCGAGCACUGAUGACCGGCUGGGCCACUCGCCCCUGAGCGUGGAGGGCUGCGACUUCAAAGCCGCCGACUUCCUGCUCACGGUCUUUCAGAUCUGCGGCCUCGUCGAGCCGGCGGACACGCGCGGCGACUGCCCGAUCUGUUUCGCAGAAUACAUACCGCACCUGUACGGCGUGCCGCUCCAGAACGGGGAGCCCCUCUUCGCGAGCCUCCAGCCGUGCAGGCACUCGGUGUGCAUGCAGUGCAAAGACCAGCUCGUCCCGCGCCCGGGCGAGGGCGACCAGCUCGUCUACACGUGCCCAAUCUGCCAGUUGGAGCUCGACGGCUGGCAACCCUUUGCAAACAGCGGUGGCGCAUGCCAGUUGCAGUUCGUACGGCCACCUGUUUGA